AAAACGCUUCAGGACGUAGAGGAAAAUAAUCAACUUUGGAACAGUGACAGCAAGUCCACUUCUUCCCACCACCCUGUCAUUUUCCUAUAACAUUACGUCCUGAAGUGUUUCUAUUUUAUUUUAUUCUAUGGUUAUUCGGCUCACGUUAACUUCUCUAACUCUAAUUCUCGUUUAGAUAAAUAAUGCCGUAGCAGCGCUCUCACUCGGAGAGUGAGAACAUGUUAAACAUGUUAUUUAUUUAAAUGAAUAGGAAAUUCUAGUUACCCACCUUUAGUGCGUUUUCACACUUGGGACGAAUACUCGUGUCUCCACUCGACAGAGGACCUGCAUUGUAUGGCGAAAACACACAUGUAUGUGCUUGUUGAGCAUCCCAUUCCAGAUUUAGUCUUGCUUUUCUUGUAUAGUAAGCGCCACUCUUCUGGGAAGGCUUUCCACUAGAUUUUAGAGCACGGCUGUGGGGAUUUGCCCAUUCAGCCAUAAGACCAUUAGUGAGGUUAGGCACUGAUCUUGGGUGUUCAGUCGGGUUGAGGUCAGGGCUCUGUUCAGGACACUCGAGUUCUUCCACAUUCUUCUAAACUUAACACACCAUGUCUUCAUGGAGCGCGCUUUGUGCAUGGGUGCAUUGUCGUGCUGGAACAGGGUUUAGGCUUCUUAGUUCCAGGGAAGGGAAACUGUAAUGCUACAGCAUACAGAGACAUCCUAUACAAUUGUGUGCUUCCAACUUUGUGGCAACAGUUUGGGGAAGAACUGCAUAUGAGUGUAAUGAGCAGGUGUCCACACACUUUUGGUCAUAUUGUGUAUUCUGGGCUCAUUUGGUGGGAGGAGAUUAGAGUCAUCCAAGUCUCCUCUGCUGAUCAAACCCCAGCCCUUUUCCCACCAUCAGGAAAUAACAAGUCACGUCACUUAAGAGUUUGUACACCCAAUGCGGCUCGCACGGUCUGGUCGAAGCGAGCCCCAGCACCGAUCGGUUCUCUGGACCACUCCCAGCCUAAAAAAAAAAAAAAAAAAAACCCAGCUACAUUUCCUCAAAUGUACUGUAUUUUCAGAGUGAAUAGCUCCACGUCCGGAAGAAAGCGCAAGCGUGAAGACGCAAAAAAACAAAGGAGAUGAAUUGGCGUUUAUAGUUUUAUAUUUUAUUUAUUGAUAGAAUUUUUUUCUCCGCAAAACUGUUCAGCAUUUAUUUUACCAGACCAAAAUGCAGGGUCCCACUCAUCAAGCCCUGUGGUGCAAGAGAAAUAAAACACAGCGAAACAAACUAAUAUUAUUGGACAAUAGUUAACUUUGCACCCCCUAGCGGCUGUACGGAGUAUUACUUUGAAUGUGCACUGCAGUCAGAACGCCUAAUUUAUCUUUAUUUAUUUUUAUUUCUUUAUUAUAACAUCAGCGUGAUAGCAGAAAAAAACCGAAUACAAACAUACAAAUUUAUAUUUUGUGUAUAUAUACUUAUCUAUAUAUUUCUUUCCGCCUCAACGAACGAUUUAAAAAAAAAAUCACGACGCUUAUAGUCACGUGUGGGAGUCGCUAGGGGUGACGUCACCGCCGAGCUCAGCGCGAGACCCGCCUUAGAAACAAGCAAAAAAAAAAAGGAAAAAAAGGCUAGGUUGUCGUCUGUUAUUAUUGUUAUUAUUAUUAUCAUCAUCGUUGUUGUUGUUUUAUUAUCAUCGCUUUUUUCCCGAGAACGGUUCUAGAUAUUUUUCUCCCAGACCCAAAUGCCAGGUCCCACUCAAGCACUAUCCCCGAACGGAGAGAAUAAUAACGACAUCAUUCAGGACAAUGGAACCAACAUCAUCCCUUACAGAAAGAAUACAGUGCGAGGAGAGCGCGCGUACAGCUGGGGCAUGGCGGUCAACGUGUAUUCUACCUCAAUCACCCAGGAGACUAUGAGCAGGCAUGACAUCACCGCCUGGGUCAAUGAUCUGCUCAGCCUAAACUACACGAAAGUGGAGCAGCUCUCUUCAGGUGCUGCUUACUGCCAGUUCAUGGAUAUGCUAUUCCCUGGCUGCAUCAGUCUUAAGAAGGUCAAGUUCCAGGCCAAGCUGGAGCAUGAGUACAUUCACAACUUUAAACUUCUUCAGGCCUCCUUCAAGAGGAUGAACGUGGACAAGAUAAUUCCAGUAGAGAAGCUCGUCAAGGGUCGAUUUCAGGAUAACCUGGAUUUCAUCCAGUGGUUCAAAAAGUUCUUCGACGCCAACUAUGACGGUAAGGAGUACGACCCCUUGGAGGCACGACAGGGCCAGGACGCCAUUCCUCCUCCAGACCCCGGAGAGCAGAUCUUCAACCUGCCUAAGAAGUCAUCCCAUGCAGCCAGCUCCCCUACGGCAGGGGCUACUAGAUCAUCGAGUUCGACCCCCAAAUCCUCCACGUCAACCUCGCGACCCUCUUCUGCCAAAAAGGGCCCCGUAACGACAGCAGCGACCCCGGCCAAGGGCGAGAAGGAGCUGGAGGCUCAAGUAGCACAGCUUAAUGAACAGCUGAACACGUUGAAGCUGGUGCUGGAGGGUGCGGAGAAGGAGCGGGACUACUACUUCGGGAAGCUGCGGGAGGUGGAGCUGCUGUGCCAGGAGCAGGGCCAGGAUAAUGGACCCUUCGUGGAAAAAAUUAUGGAAGUGCUGUACUCCACAGACGAACAGGAGGCCGGAGGAGAAGGAGAACACGAGGCCCUGGCACAGGAAGCGGAAGUCCCUGACGACACACAGGAUGAAUAUUGAACACCAUCGAUAUACACACACACAUGCUCCUUUGCCG